AUGCUCUCCUUCGCCUCGCUCGCCUCACUCGCGACCCUCCUCCUUCCGGCCGUCUCGGCGUACGGCACAGGCUUCACUGGCCAAAAGGUCGUCUCCGGCUACUUUCCGUCGUACCAGCAGAGCCCCGCCGACGUGCCUUACAACCUCUACACCCACCUCGACUACUUCGUCUUCACCACGACCUCGAGUCCUUCCUCCAUCUCGCAAGCCGGGAUCAGCGACUCCGUCAUCACCGACUUUGUCACACGUGCUCACGCCGCCGGCAUCACGACCAGCUACGUCGUCGGCGGAUGGACCGGCUCACAGUACUUUUCGACGCACGUCUCGACAGCUACGAGCCGCGCAACGUUUGCCCGAACUUUGGUAUCGGUCAUGCAGCAGUACAACUUUGACGGCAUCGACAUUGACUGGGAGUACCCUGGCCAGCAAGGCGAGGGCGACAACGUCGUCAGCCCGAACGACUCGGCCAACCUCCUGCUCUUCCUCCAGACCCUCCGCAGCGUUGCGGGUGUCAAUGCUCGUCUCUUGAUCUCGAUCAACGUUGCCGGCAUGGUCGGCGCGGAUGGCAACACGCUCACCGACUUGAGCGGUUUCGCGGCCGUCCUUGACUACGUUACGACCAUGUCCUACGACAUCACCGGCACCUGGAGCGGCUUCACCGGCAUGAACUCGCCCCUCUCUGCAGCUUGCGCGCCGCCAAGCAACCCUCUCAGCAUUGCAACUGGGAUCAGCUACCUCCAGGGCGCCGGCUUCGCCGCCAACCACAUCCUCGUCGGCAUGCCUGCCUACUCAUACAGCUACUACGUCCAGGGACCGUUGACGCAGCGGACCUGCCCUGACGGCACCAAGCCCUCCUUGUAUCAAUAUGCUACUGUAGGCUCGACCUGCGGCACCUACAUUGGCAACGGCCCGCAGUUCCUGUACAAGGACAUCUACAACAGCGGCUACUUCGCGUCGCAGUCCGGCUACCGGCGCGUCCUCGACCAGUCAUCGCAAACCUGGAUCCUCUGGAACCCUGUGACGCUCUCCUUCAUCCUGACCGACUCUCCCGGCACCUACUACUACAAGGCCCGCCAGUUCUUCCAGCGCCGCCUCGCCGGCACCAACAUCUUCGACACCUCGGGCGACACGAGCGACGGCAGGCUCGUCCGCGCCAUCCACCAGGGUCUCAAGAUCGACCCGACAACGACCGUCCCGACCCUUCACAAGCGCGAGAUCGUCCGCGUCUCCGCGAGCACCUCGAGCGCAGGCGCCGUCUCGUCCGGACACUAG